CCUUGGGGGGCCCUGCGAGAGUGGAAAAACCAUUUUGGCCUACUUUCUGACACAAGCUUCUGACAUCACUGAAUACAACCCAACCCAAGGAGUGAGGAUCCUGGAAUUUGAGAAUCCACGUGUUACCAGCAAACAACAAAGUCGCGGGGUGUGAAUUUGAGCUCUGGGAUUGUGGUGGUGAUCCAGAGUUCGAGUCUUACUGGCGAGCCCUGAUGAAGGACUCUCAUGGGGUGGUGAUCGUCUUCAAUGCCAGCAUCCUAAGUCACCUGAAGGAAAUUGAGAUGUGGUAUUCCUGUUUCGUCCAGCAGCAGUUCUUACAGAAUACUCCGUGUCUGUUAACUGCACACCACAAACCAGGCUCCGGAAGUGACAAAGAAAACCCAGCUCUGGCACCACCCUUGAACAAGCUGAAGCUGGUGCACUCGAAUCUUGAGGAUUACCCAGAAGAGAUCAGGAUGGAAUUCAUCCAGUAUUUAAGAAGCAUAAUCAACUCAGUGUCCGAGAGCAGAGACCCGGAGGAGAUGUCCACAUCCCAAAUGAAGUUAAUGUCAGUGCAGAGCCUGAAGUCCAUCCGCCUAAGAAGGUUCUCAUCACCCUUUGGCUGUAGAAGGCAUUUUCCUUAUUUGCCCCAAAGACCAGUCAGCCAGGGAGUUGACUCCCUACCAUCUAUUCUCUAUUCUUAGUUCAGCUGAGAAAAUCCUACUGUUGAAUUCUGAUUCCUUUGCCCCAGAUCUCUCCAAAGAGCUGAAAAAC